AGCGAGGGCGGGCUCGGCCCGGGUUCGAUGCCGGCGCGAUCCCGGUUCGAUCCCGGUUCGGCUGGCCCGGGCCCAUGGAGCCGGCCGAGGUGGAGUUCCUGGCCGAGAAGGAGCUGGUGACGAUCGUGCCCAACUUCAGCCUCGACCGGAUUCACCUCAUCGGGGGAGAUCUGGGUCCCUUCAAUCCUGGCUUGCCAGUGGAAGUGCCGGUGUGGUUGGCCAUUAAUCUGAAGCAGAGGCAGAAGUGUCGGCUCAUUCCCCCAGAAUGGAUGGAUGUUGGGAAGCUGGAGGAAAUCCGGGAUCAGGAGCGGAAGGAGGACACCUUCACUCCAAUGCCCAGUCCCUACUACAUGGAGCUCACCAAGCUGCUGCUGAACUAUGCCUCUGACAACAUCCCCAGGGCAGACGAGAUCCGCACGCUGGUGAAGGACACGUGGGACACACGCAUGGCCAAGCUGCGCCUGUCGGCCGACAGCUUCGUGCGGCAGCAGGAGGCGCACGCCAAGCUGGAUAACUUAACCCUGAUGGAGAUCAACAGCACUGGGACUUUCCUCACCCAGGCCUUGGAUCACAUGUACAAGCUCCGGACCAACCUCCAGCCUGGCGAGGGCUCCCACUCCCAGGAGUUCUGACGGGGAGCUGGGAAGGAGCUGCUUCAUGUGGGCAGCCCCCAGCUCCCUGCAGGGACUGCCAGCACUCAGACCCUCACCCCCGGGGGCUUUUUGCCCUCCCUCCCCCAGGGGGUUUUUACUCUUCCUCCUGGGAUUGUCCCCACCCCCAUUUGGGGCACUUUUUCCCACCCCAUUAUUUUUGUCACCCCCCAAAACACAACUUCAUUCACAGCCCAUCCCUGUCCAUGUCCCCUUCCCCUCUUUACAGCUCUGGGAUGUGCCCCCUAAGGUGACACAGGGCAUGUGGGACAUCAGCUCUGUGUCACUCUGUCUUGUCUGUGUGUCCUCCCCCUCAGAGUCACCGUGUGCUGUCCUUGUCCCUGUCCAAGUGCCCCCCACUCUCCCAGCUUGGUGUCACCACAUCCCCUCACCUGUGGCACAACUUGUGUGACCCCAGCUCUGCCACUACCCAUUAAACACACCCUGUGUCCCCUGGCAUGGUGGCACCAUGUCCCCCGUCUGUGGCACAGCCCCUGUGUCCCCUACCAGGCUGGCCCACUGUCUGUGUGUCCCCAUGUCCCCACAGGGCACCAACAGAGCCUUGUCCAAGUGUCCCCACCACAGUGUCCCCACAGGGCAUGAGGAUGCCCCAGCUGUCCUUGUAGCCCCACAUUGGGGUGCCACUGUCCCUGUGUGCCUCAGGGCACAAAGAGCAGGGCAGUGCCACUGUCCCCAUGUCCCCUCGGGGCACAAAGAGCAGGGCAGUGCCACUGUCCCCAUGUCCUCUUGGGGCAGUGCCACUGUCCCCAUGUCCCCUCAGGGCAGUGCCAGUGUCCCCAUGUCCCCUCAGGGCGGUGCUAUUGUCCCCGUGUCCCCUCAGUGCAUGAAGAGCAGGCGGUGCCUCUGUCCCCAUGUCCCCUCAGGACACGAAGAACAGGGCAGUGCCACUGUCCCCAUGUCCCCUCGGGGCCCCGGGCAGGGUGGCAGCUGUGCAGCUCCUCCCCGGUGACUCUGGGCGGAUCUCUCGGGUUGUACUUCAGCGAGGGAACUUCUGAGGGCAGCACAGGCCACGCACUGCCUUGAAAGCCAUAAAUUUCGAGGCGGUGCUUCCAUGGAUUUUCUCAGAGCCUUGGGAAGAAACAAAAAAAAAAAAAAAAGAGAGAGAAGGGAAGAUGUGGCAGCAGUGAGGUGUCUGCUGGGGAGAUCAGCUGGGAAGCAGAUCCAUCUGCUCUUUGGAAAAGGACAAAAGAAAAUGGUUUUCCCUCUCAGAUGCCAGGCUGUGGGGAAAUACCAGAAUAUCAGCCAUCUUUAUUUUUGUAAUGUUUGGGGUUUUAAUCUGAAGCUGUCUGUAAAAAAAAAAAUAAAGAUAAAAAAAAAAUAAUUGCAGCUGAUG